CUUCCGGGCAUGCGCAUAGCGUUGCGCCGAGGAAUGCCUUCAUCUGCACGGAGGCUUUGCUAUUUAACAAUGGAAGAGGAUAUAGAUUAUACAGUGAGGUUUAGUUCUCUGCGUUUUAUUAAUGACCAUGUUGGAUUUCAUGGCACAAUAAAAAGCUCACCAAGUGACUUUAUUGUUAUUGAAAUUGAUGAACAGGGACAAUUAGUUGAUAAGACCAUUGAUGAGCCUAUUUCUGAGAUUAGUCAAGUAAAACCUGAGCCAAAUAAUUUUCCCAAAAAACCAAAACUAGAUCUUCAAAAUCUGUCCUCUGAAGGUAGAAGUAGCCAAGAACUUCGUACUUUGGCGAGAUGCCCUGAUAGUGACCAAAAUUGUCAUUCAGAUUCAGAAAAAGAAGAUACUAUCAAUGACAGAGCUUCCAAAUGUGAAGAAAAACCUGAUGUAGUAAGUCCCUAUUUAGAUGAAAAAACUAAUGAGUUACUGAAUCAUUUUGCCUGUGACAUAAAAGACAAAUGGCUUUCUAAAGCUGAGCUAACUGGACCAACGCCUGAAUUCUCAACAGGCAGAAUCCUUGACAAAACCCAGAGGGCUAGUUUACAUAGUGCCAUUAGGCAGAAAUUUCCUUUUUUAAUGACUGUAGGAAAAAACAGUGAAAUUGUUGUAAAACCAAAUCUUGAUUAUAAAGAACUCUGUCACUUAGUGUCUGAAGAAGAAGCAGCUGGCUUUUUUAAAUAUUUAGAUGCAAAGGAAGAAAAUUCCAGGUUUCUCUUUAAACCUGAUGCAAACAAAGACCACAGAAAAGCUGUUCAUCAUUUCGUCAACAAAAAGUUUGGAAACCUUGUGGAAUCCAAGUCUUUUCCUGAACUGAAUUGCAGUGCUAAUAAUCCAAAUGUGGUGAUAACAGUAAGAUUUCGGGAAAAAGCACACCGGCAUGGGAGAAGAUCUCUUCGUGAAUGCCAGGAAAGAAAGGAUAGGUAUACAGCUUUUACCCUACAAAAGGAAAACCUGGAAAUGUUUGAAGCGAUUGGUUUUUUAGCUGUCAAACUUGGUGUGAUUCCUUCAGAUUUUAGUUAUGCGGGCCUUAAAGACAAGAAAGCCAUCACCUACCAAGCAAUGGUUGUCAGAAAAGUGACUCCAGAAAGGUUGAAAAAUAUUGCAAAAGACCUUGAAAAGAAAAGAAUGAGUGUGUUUAAUAUUCGGUCUGUAGAUAAUUCCCUUAGACUCGGUCAGCUCAAAGGAAAUCACUUUGAUAUUGUCAUCAGAAAUUUAAAAAACCAAAUAAACGAUUCUGCAAACUUGAGAGAAAGAAUUUUGGAGGCAAUAGAAAAUGUUAAGAAUAAAGGCUUUGUGAAUUACUAUGGACCACAGAGAUUUGGGAAGGGGAAGAAAGUACACACAGAUCAAAUCGGACUGGCUUUGCUGAAGAGUGAAAUGGUGAAGGCCAUAAAAUUAUUUCUUACACCGGAAGACUUGGAUGAUCCUGUAAAUAGAGCAAAGAAGCAUUUUCUUCAAACUGAGGAUGCCAAAAGCACGCUUUUGUUGAUGCCUGAGUUCAAAGUUCGAGAGAGAGCGUUGCUGGAGUCCUUGCAUCGCUUUGGCCUGACGGAGGAGGGUUGUGUCCAGGCGUGGUUCUCUUUCCCCCACUCCAUGCGCAUAUUCUACAUUCAUGCCUAUAGCAGCAGAAUUUGGAAUGAGGCGGCGUCUUACAGACUUGCCACCUAUGGAUCAAGGGUAGUGCAGGGUGAUCUGGUUUGUUUGGAUGAACUUACUGAUGAUGAACAGCUCCCAAAUAGUAAAGUUCAUCUGGUAACUGAGGAAGAGGAGGCAGCUAAUACAUAUGCAAUACGUCAGGUGGUUCUUCCAGUACUUGGAUAUAAUAUUCAGUACCCAAAGAACAAAGUAGGGCAGUGGUAUCUUGAAGCACUUAGCAGAGAUGGACUAGCAACAUGCAAGUUUAAAGUGCCUACUCUGAAACUGAACGUUCCAGGAUGCUACAGACAGAUUUUGAAGCAUCCCUAUAAUCUCUCAUACCAGCUAAAGGAAGGUCAUGACAUUGAUGUCGGAACAGAAGGGUCCCACAUCAGUAAAGCAACCUUAUCUCUUUUGAUCUCUUUUGACCUUGACAGUUCCUGUUAUGCUACAGUUUGUCUGCGGGAAAUGAUGAAGCAUGAUGUUUAAAACUGAUGCCCUUGAUAUACUGGUAUAUAUGUCACUCUUUGAAGGAAUGGGAGCUAAAACUUAUCGUGCAUCUACUAUGGGCUAAGAGCUUCAUAAUUGCCACUGCCUCUAAUUUUCAUAGCAUCCUGACAAGCUGGAAUCUGAUGCUGUAAUGUUCCAGAGGACAUGUGUCUUGAAAGUGUCAGGGUCUGAAUUUAAGAUCCAUCUGACUCCAAAACCUGGUUUCUUUUUUUUAUAUAAUGUUUCAGUGACUGUUAUUCUGUGUUACAAAAGUUACAGUCUUUUUUAAACAACUAGCAACAUAUAACACUGUCAGAUAACAUUUAGGGAAAAAACUUUGUAUUGUUACUUUCAUAUUCCCUAGCACCUUACUUAGAACAGUGGUGAAACAAGGUUGCAGUGAAAGCUAUGGUUGGAGAAAAAGAUAGAGGAAGCAUUUGGCUAAUGAUUAUCGUUAUCCUUGCCUAUUUUUUAAAUUAUUGAUCAGAACAAUAUACAAGGAAAAUACCAUCCCUCUAUUUGGAAUAACUAUUCCAGGGUAGUUAAUACCUUUUUAGGAGAUAAUCUUUGAUGAAGUUUGAAAUACAUUUUUUAUACAAUUUCUAUAUUUUGACAUA